AUGUCAGCUGAAAAAGACACUCCCGAGGUCGCGCCUGAGGAGGCGACACCUACUCCCACCAAGGUUUCAAAGUCCGGUAACACUCGCGGCAAACCAGAUCCUGAAGCUAUCCGCGCCCGACAGGAUGAGGCUAUCAAGUACAUUCACCCCGACGCCAAGAAGUUUCCCGAACUCUACGCCAAGGUCAAAGGUCUCAUCAGGGGUCAUGUUUUGAGAGGGAGCAAGUGGUCAGAAGUCGUCGUUUACAAGAAGUUUCUUGGUUGGUGUGAGCUUGCCGAACCUCAACAUCGCCCAAAGCUUGACUAUAUGGUCGCUGUUCUGGCAAUUCACGACCAUUAUGGCGUCAGCAAUCCCACUUUCCUCAAAGAAGUGGCAACUCGCGGUCUUGAUGCAUGGGUAAACAAGCAACUCGAGGUUUCUCCCGAAGCAGCGUCUGCGCCCAAGUCGACAAUGUCGGCAAACACUCAGCAAGAGCCUCGAGUCAAGGCUGAGCCAGGACUUCGCGGUGAAGAUGCAGCGAGCACGAUUCGAAAGUCGAAUGAAGACGAAAACGGUCUUGCUGCCACCGCUGGAUUGAAGCGACCUGCCCCAAAAGACUCUGCCGAACCCAGUAACAAGCGAGCAAACCUGGGAUUAAACCAAGCAUUUCUCUCGCCUGAACGCAACGUCGCCACGUUUCAACACUCGCAACAGCGCAUCGUAUACCGCGAGGCAGGUAUGCAGACUGACAGCUACGCAUCUGUCGAAGAAGCUUCCAAGUCCAUACUCACAGCAGCCGCAAAAAUGGAGGAGCAAUUCCAAAUGCUGCAGAACCACAACGGCGUGCUGGGAAACUUACUGAGCAAAGCUCAAGUCGCGCCAGCUCGGGCUGGCAACAACAUCGUGUAUCAGCAGCAGCAGUACCAGGCUCAAGACAUGAUUCCGCUGCAGCCGAUCAAUCGACAGCCGCCGUCGCUCUACUUCGACCCCAAUCGCGAUACUGGUGGCAGCGGUCAGCUCUUCAGAUUCCCGUAA